UUUCGAUAUUUCCUUCGCUUCGUGGAUUAAAUAAUUCUAUUCCAUUCUUUGUGUUUAGUAAUGCGAAUUUAUUUAAUUUAUUCGUUGGAUUUUAACGAGAAGAUAAGACGGUAUUGCAUUUUAUGAUGCUCGUUUGUACAAGUUACUCGAAAUAUUAUGUACAUUGUAAAUAAUAUUCGAAGAAGGAGGAAAUUUGUUGUUACUCCGUUCUAAAUCACGAAAAAUUUGAUUUUGCAAUGAUUUUGUUGCUGAAUUAUUCUUGGAUUAUUCAGGGUAAGGAAGGCUAGCGUCGAGUGAAAAUUAUUAGAAAAGGCUAAGAAGAUUGGUUCGUCUGGUACGUGUCUCGAGACAGCGGCGAAAGAAAAGAAAAGAAAAAAAGGCGAAGGUAAAACGCGACCGGAUGGUGAGCCAACAAUCACGAUCGAGGAUUCAUCAGUGUUUUAGGAGGUCAAUGUCGCUUGACGGCCGCCGCCGACUUGGAUCUUCUUAAACAUGCAGACCGCAUACGAAACCCGGUGUAUAUAAUCCAAGCUGGUCGACUUCGGAAAUCAGUCGACUCGACAACUCAGCCGUGUAACUUAUCGGUACAACAAUGAAGGGAUUCGUCGCUUUCGCUCUCUUGAUCGCUGCGGUCGCCGCAGAGCCACCAAGAUACCGUCCCCAAAGACAAUUCUUCUUCGCUAGACAACAGGAGGAGCCCACCACCACGGUUUCCAACGCCCCCUACGCGCCUUCCGGAUGGAGACCGAGUGGACCGGCUUUCAAUCUACCUCAAAGGCAAUACGGAGCACCUAACGCGCCUCAACAACAGUACGGCGCGCCCAACGCACCUCAACAGCAAUAUGGCGCGCCCAGUGCGCCUCAACAACAGUACGGCGCGCCCAGCGCACCUCAACAACAAUAUGGCGCACCAGCGGUUCCCCAGCAACAGUAUGGGCCACCGCAGGAAGCUACCACUACCGAAGCGCCCAGCAGCACGGAGGCGGAGGAUGCUACUACUGUCGCAAGUGUCGAGUCCGAGUCCGAGCCCGUCAACUCGGUGAACGAGCUCGAGGACGAGGAGGUGGACGAGCAACAGCCCCAACAAUCGGGCGAAUAUUACUUGGCACUGCCGGACGGCCGUCUGCAGCGCGUCCGCUACGUGAGCCGUCAGAACGUCGAGGCGAUGAAGUACUUCGCCAAGAUCCGGGCCGAGAACGUGGAACCGCUCCGCGGCCCGAUCUACGCCUACGCGCCCCUCCAAAAACUGCAAAUUUUCCCAGCCGGUCUCCAACUGGCCGUGAGCCCCGUAGCGCCCCAAUCGAAACCGCAAAAACUCGAGAUCGAGCCCGUCGCCGCCCAAGUCCAGUACCAGUACGACAAUCCGUCCGCGGUGCUUCCGUUGUCCGGCUACCAGGCGGCCGCAGGUGAAUCCAGAUAUUUGCUCACGUUGCAGUAGGAAUGAGGCAAUUAUUCGCGUUAUUCGUUAUCUGUAUGUAUAUAUCUUGACGAGGAUCAACGAAAGCUUCUUGAUCUUAAAUUAAUCGUAAGGAUUGAUCGUGAGCGUAGGUAGAAAGAGAUGAGUUGUAUUUUAUGAGUGUUAAGUAAUAAUAAAGAUUAUCGUAAACGGUUA